GUUGCCUACUUGCUACUGCAUACCCUUACACCUGACAAUCUUGACGCAACCUGCUACGAUGGGCAUUCUUAAAUUUACGCUCUUCAAUAUUGCGCUGUCCUCGUUCGCCCUAGGCGCUCUUAAAAGCCGUGGUGCCAUCACUGUCAAGCCUGAGCAAAUCAAGAAUGAGUACGUGCGCUACGCUUUCGUCUCGAUGACAUCGUUGGGCGAGAGCGCGUACGUCUCCUCUACAAACUUCAUCGCCUCGCUAAACCAGAAGCCGAAAUAGACACGCGUGGAGCAAGUCGAGCAUGUUGGAAGGACCUGGAAAAGGUGGCGGUUUUGGCGCGCUUGGGCUGGCUGGCUGAGGCUGGCGCGCUGGGCAGCAGUGCGGGCUGCUGGCUGCCCCGUGGCGCAUGGUUCGCUCAAAUGCUGCCAUGUGUGGCCUAGGUGAAGAUGGGUAAUCUGCGUGUGUGCCAAGGGAUGGCAGGAGACUUGAACAGUGGCGUUGCCAGGGUGUGUGGAGGGGCACGAAUGCAGCGUGCAACCAAGCGUUGCGCUUUGACGCCUGCGAGUUGUACCUACUGGUUGACUGGCGAGGUUGUACCUUCCACUGCAGGUUUUGCAUUGUGACAAUGAUGAGAGCACUGCGCAGGAGUGGCUGUUGUGAUGCGUGAGCAAAAGGAUUGUCUGCUGGUGUCAUCCAAGCACAUGAGCUGGGGCCUGAUGCCCGAGCGGGGCCCGACCGGCACAUACGGUAGCACGAGUACUUCAUAAUGAUUGUAACACAAAGCAGGA